GCUUAUAUAUUUUGUUAAAUUGGAUCCUACCAAAUGGUUUUUAUGGCUCUUAUAUUUGCUGCGGUAUCUAUAAUCUAAAAGGAAAAAAUAAUUCAAAUAUCACAAACUUUGUAGGGGUGUGAGGUACCUCAAACUUGCAUAUGUAAUUUAAAAAACUCAAUCUUUUCAUAAAAAGUUUUUAGCAUCAUGGUUAUAUAUUAUUUCUUUCAACAAUAUAAAUUUAUGGUGUUAAUUGCAUAAUUUAAAAUAGGGAAAACUGUCAAAUUAGUCCACGUGCUAUCUUGAAAAAGUUAAUUAAGUUCAUGUACUAUUUUAUCGAUCAAUUGGGUACACAAAGUCUCAAAUUUUAAUCAAUUUUGUCAUUUGAUCGUUAAACAAUCGGUGACUCUUUUUAUUGCUGACAUGGAUGUUGCCUAAGCUUUUUUUAUACUUUUUCCUUUUUCUCCCUUUUCUUUUUCCCUUCUUUUCCCUUUUAAUUUUCUUUCCUUUUUCCUUUUUUACCUCUGGUUCGUCGUCCCCCUUAUUCAUCGGCCGCCGGCAACUCCCCCCUUCUUCAUUCCCUUUUUUUCUUUUUUCCCCUUCUUCUCCGAUCUCCCUGCAACUCCCUCUCCCCUAUUCGUCAAUCUCAUCUUUUUCUCCACUGCUUCUACAGUUCUACCCCACGCCCCCACCCAAUUCAACUUCCCCCUCCCUUCACUCUUGCAAUCUUGCCCGCCCCCUUCUCCUUUUCUUUUCUUUCCUUUUCCUCUUCCUCUUUCUCUUCUUCUCCACUCAACCUUCUAUCCACCUUCUUUCAUUCCAUGCCCAGAGAAGGCAACCCGACGGAAACCUGACGAAAACCCUUGCUCUUCUUCGAAGGAAACCAGACGGCGAUGGUGACAGCGGCGGCAGAGCUCGACGGGGUUGACGGCGGCAAAGGUCGACGGCAUAGAAAGAUGGAGAGGUAGAGAAGGCAAGAAGCAAGAAAAAAGAGAAGAGUAAAGAAAGAAAAGAGAGAGAAGAAGCAAGAGACGAA